UGGAGGGGGAGUCAUCCAUUGAACACCAUCCGCCUGCAUCUUGCGCAUGUAACAGAAUGACGUGCGAAUCAAAUCCGGUAUAAAUACUUGUUACAUCUCCCAGAAACAGAUUACCUAGCGAAUUAUGUUACAGCGUCUACGAGAGAUUGAUACGGUCUUUGAAUUACUAUUCGUUUAACUACUUACCUCUAUUCUGUAAUAUAUCUUCCUCUUACCAGGUAUUAUACAUCUAUUAUACUCACAGAAUUAUCUGUCAUACGACAAAAUGACACAGGAAACUGUUAUUGGCAAGCAGCCAAAAUAUGAAAGAACUCAGCAGCAACCUGAGAACCCGUUUGCGAGUCUGAUUCCAGACCAGGAAAUUGCCAUCAUUCCAAGCUUCACUCUCGAGUCCGGGGUUACUCUACGGAAUGUACCAUUGGCAUAUACAACCCGAGGAAAGCUGUCUCCAAAUGCAGACAAUGCUAUGGUCAUUUGCCAUGCAUUGACGGGCUCAGCUGAUGUUAGCGACUGGUGGGGACCUCUUCUCGGCGGUCCUGGCCGUGCAUUUGACACUUCUAGAUUCUUCAUUGUCUGUAUGAAUAGUCUAGGUAGCCCCUAUGGCACGGCCAGUCCGGUAACAGUCAAGGAUGGCGAUCCGAACAACGAGAGAUACGGCCCCGAAUUUCCUCUUACCACAAUAAGAGACGAUGUCAAUUUGCAUAAACUUCUUCUCGACGACCUAGGCGUACGCCAAGUAGCUGCCGUCAUCGGUGGAUCCAUGGGCGGUAUGCUUGUCCUCGAGUGGGCGUAUUUCGGUAAGGAUUACGUUCGGAGUAUUGUUCCCAUCGCUACUUCAAGCCGCCAUAGCGCUUGGGGAAUUAGUUGGGGCGAAGCCCAACGGCAGAGCAUAUAUGCAGACCCGAAGUAUGACGAUGGGUAUUAUUCAUUCUCCGAUCCGCCUAAGACUGGCCUUGGAGCGGCCCGUAUGUCCGCCCUUUUGACCUACCGGAGUCGGAAUUCCUUUGAGGCACGGUUUGGGCGCAAUAUCCCAGACCCGGCUAGGCGCCAAACCAUCAGGGAAAGACCCCGCCCGAGCACCCCAUCUGAGGCUCAUUUUCAUAUUCACAAUGAUGGGCAUAAGACAACUCGGCUAUCGAGGCACAAUAGCCACACUAGCGAGGCCGACACGGGCAUUCAUAAUGAUACCAACGGUCAAUCACUGGAUCCCCAAUUCUCCGGCCCGAAGACAGACAUUCCUACCGAAGGUGAUUCAUUGCCAACGACAACCUACUUCUCAGCUCAGUCAUAUCUUCGCUACCAAGGCGAGAAAUUUGUAAAGCGCUUUGACAGUAACUGUUAUAUUGCGAUCACGCGGAAACUAGACACGCACGAUGUUUCUCGAUACCGCGCCAGUAGCAUCGCUGAGGCACUUGCUCUCAUUGAGCAGCCCACCUUAGUUUUGGGGAUCGAAAGUGACGGGCUCUUCACAUUUGCUGAGCAACAGGAGUUGGCGGAGCACAUCAAGAAUGCCCGGCUUGAGAAAAUAGACAGCCAAGAAGGCCACGAUGCCUUUCUGCUGCAAUUCGAACAAGUCAACAAGUAUAUCCUAGAAUUCCUACACGAGACGCUGCCAGACAUUAUGGCUAGAGAAGGCGAGCACGUGGAGGCAGCUAGCGUUGGCCAAUUAACUAAAUCGAGCACUUUCGGAGAGGCAGAAGUAGAAGACAUCACAGCAUGGUGAAUAGCUCAUGUACACCAGACUAUGGCGAAUGAAUUGAUAUUUGAGUUACUCGAGUUAAAAGAAACUUACCCACCUUGAGUUUAUUUCUACCACGGUUAAGCCAUGUUUCGAAAUCCGGAGCUGAUACUUGGCAGUUCCGGGUUAUGUCUAGGAUCGAGAGACAUACAUACAGAACAUGGCAUGCCUACCUAGUCGUCCCGAGUCAUUGGUAAAGAUAGCCAGCGUCAAAUCAGACAUCCUGCCCAUGACAUGCGCAUCCAACUGAACCACAUACGGUAGCAUCUGCUGCGGUAGCGUGUGGUGCCGCUGGUCCGAGCCAAGUAAACUUGCAUACGUGCAAAUUUGGGGUUUCGGUGAGCGCCGGUAACUCUAAGGUAUGAUAAUAUUGACGAAUAUCGGGAGCUAUGACUUAUACUAUAUAUUGUUUAGGAAGUGAGGUUAUCUUUCAACAAACAUAGAUUAACUAAUUAUACUGGGAAUACACAAUCUUUUUUUCGGGGAUUUAUAAAAUCGGGAUAUGAUUUUGAAAACCCCUUUCUAGAAGGAAUAUAAGAUAGUACAUGAAACCCUAACACUUGCAGUUAUACAACAUGUGGUGCUUCUUAGAUGGUAGCCACCACGUGCUUAUAAUGCAGAUAUCCGUGAUUAACAAA